AUGUCAAUGCCAACAGUGAAUGUUUGGCAAAGGUAUAAGCAAGUGAAAAUGAGAUCUCUAGUGGAAUGUGUCCAACAGCCUUCGCUACAGUCAGUGCAACCAGUCCUGCAUAGAGUGAACAGUCGAUUGAGUUGGACAACUUCUCCAACCCACUUCACCAACCCCUCCACCUUCAUCCUGCUGGGCAUCCCAGGCCUGGAGGAGGCCCAUGUCUGGAUCUCCAUCCCUUUCUGCACCAUGUACAUCAUAGCUGUUUUGGGGAACUUCAUGAUCCUCUUCAUUGUGAAGAUGGAGCUGAGACUUCAUGAGCCCAUGUACUAUUUCCUCUGUAUGCUGGCUGUCACCGACCUGGUCCUGUCUACAUCCAUUAUGCCAAAAAUUCUGAGCAUCUUCUGGUUCAAUUCCAGGGAAAUUGAUUUCAGUGCCUGCCUCAUCCAGAUGUUCUUCAUUCAUAGUGUCUCAGCAAUGGAGUCUGGUAUCUUCGUGGCCAUGGCUUUUGAUUGCCUUAUGGCCAUCUGUGAUCCCCUAAGACAUUCCACCACCCUGACAAACUCUGUCAUGUCCAAGAUCGGCCUGGCUGUGGUUCUGCGUGGUAGCACGCUCAUACUGCCCUAUCCCAUCCUGGCGAAGCACUGGCCAUACUGCAAAACUAAUGUCAUCUCUCACUCGUACUGUGAGCACAUGGCCGUGGUGAAGCUGGCCUGUGCCGACAUUCGCAUCAGUAGUUAUUACAGUCUCUCUGUGAUAUUCUUCCUUACUUGUCUGGAUUUGUUUUUUAUUGCUCUGUCCUAUACACAGAUCCUCAGGGCCAUCUUUCACCUCCCCACAAAGGAUGCCCGAUUCAAGACUUUUGGAACCUGCAUCUCCCACCUCUGCGCCAUCUUAGCUUUUUAUAUGCCAGGUCUCUUCUCCUUCCUCACGCACCGGUUUGGCCAGAAUGUAGCUCUGCAUUUCCAUAUUCUCAUGGCCAACAUCUACCUCCUAUUGCCCCCUAUGCUAAACCCCAUCAUCUAUGGGGUGAGGACCAAACAGAUUCGGGACAGGCUGUUCCGGCUCUUUUUUCGUCAAGGGUCUUAA